AUGGCGGAUGGUUUGGCAGCACUAGAUAUUCUUAAGACAAUGUCUAAGAAUUUGCCUUCAGAUAUAUUUUUUUGUCCUUCUGGUAUCCCAGAAGUUUCUAAAUCGGUAUUGGCCGAUUAUUUAAAAGUGAGUAUUGGAAUGACAUAACUUUAUUAUAUUUGAUCAAUUUUUCAUUCACAAUGCUAUACUGUUAUAUUUUUAAUGAAAAAUAUAGUUUUCAUUAAGAAUAUAACAAAGCUUUUAGAACUUUAACGAGAAACAGUCGUUAAACAUAAAUUUAGGUACUUCAUUUUUAAGGUUGAAUGCAAUAACAUAAAUGACGUAUUCGUUUGGGCUGCUAAUGAUGAAGUUCUUCAUGUAGAAGUGGAAAAACCGUUAGUUAUACAUGACCAAGUAAAUAUUAAAUCGAGUUGUGAAUGGAACAUGAUUAGUGAAGAUUUACUUAAGACAAUUGAAUAUGAUCAUACCCAGUUUAAUGCAAGUUGGAUGAAAAAAGAAUUUGUUCUUAAGGUUACAGCACUCACUUCAAAGAAUCCUUAUGGAUGUAUUUAUAAAGCGUCUCUUUUUUCUAAUGCUCUGAAGUCUGUAUGGGAUUAUCGUAAAGGUGUACUUGGAAAGAAAUCCUAUUGGAACUUAGGUGUUAUAAGCGAUGGUUCUUUAGGAACGAUAAAAGGUUAUCCAUACAUUUUACCACUGAUUCUCUGUGAAGAUUCAUGGACUGUUAAUAAACGAUUUGAAAAUGAUUUACAUGUUAAAAAUGAAAUAAAAAGGAUUAAUAAAACAGUCAAGGAGCAUCACCAACUGUUGCUUCCGUACUGCAAAAGAUUUUUGUAUGAAAAUAUAAUUAACCAGGCUUUCAUACCACGCUCCAAGAGCAGUUCGGACUAUUCCAUCGCGAACACUAGUAAAACUAGUCUAUAACUGGA